CACAAGCGAUCGCUCGACGUCGUAGAUGACGUCAUUGCUCGCGACUACAUCGCGGCCACUUCGCCCACAAAAUAUUGCCUUAGCUUAGGUGGAACGAUAGAAAGGGCUUUGUAGUCGUUGCGGUCGCUAUUUGGAACGCAGCCUGUGUCAUCGUUGUCAGCUGAUUCAGUAAUGUUAAUAAUGUUAUGUUGGUACCUGUUUGUUUUUCUAUCGGUGAUUGUUUAAUUUUUAUAAAAAAGUUUAUUAAUAAAUAAAAAUUGAUUCAUUAAACACUUUUUAAAAUCAAAAUGCUGUUAGCAUUUGUUUUAUUAAGUUUUCUACAAGUUAAUGUAAUAAGUAACAAAGAAACUCAGUGUGGAUGUAAUGUAAAUAGAGAUAAAACUGAAUCUAAUAUCAGAAAACAAAGUCCUUAUAACACAAUACUGACAAACCAAUGUCCAAUUAAGUAUCAGAAUAAAAAAGAGGAAUAUGGCACUACAGACAUGGUCCUGGUACCACGAAAUACCUAUCAGUAUGGUACUGAUGACAUUGUUAUUGAUAGUGAUAACGAAGGGCCAAAACGAUUAGUGUUAGUAGAAAGUUUUUACAUAGAUAAGUUUGAAGUUUCAAACAAGGAUUUCAGUAUUUUUACUGAAUCUACGAAUUAUAAGACUGAAGCAGAAAAAUUUGGUGAUAGUUUUGUGUUCACUCUUUUUCUUAAUAAUACUGUUAAGGAAAAAUUAAAAGAUUAUCGCGUUAUGCAAGCCCCAUGGUGGUAUAAAGUUUCUGGAACAAACUGGAAAAAUCCUAAUGGACCAGAUACAAAUAUAUUUGAUAUAAUGGAUCACCCAGUGGUUCAUGUAUCAUGGAAUGAUGCAAAAGCUUACUGUGCUUGGAGGGGUGCCAGACUUCCUACUGAAGUGGAAUGGGAGGCGGCCUGUCGUGGUGGCGGUUACAACAACACCUAUCCUUGGGGAGAUAAGUUAUUUCCAAAUAGAAAACAUAUGGCUAACAUUUGGCAAGGAACCUUUCCAAAUCACAAUUCCGCAAAGGAUGGAUACAUUGGCACAAAUCCAGUACACCUGUAUCCACAGAAUGACUUUGGUCUACACAACAUAGCUGGUAAUGUUUGGGAAUGGACUGAAGAUGUUUGGUCCGAUGAAAAUCCCAGUGAAAAAGUGAAGAAAGGUGGUUCAUACUUAUGCCAUCGAUCAUACUGUUAUAGAUACAGAUGUUCUUCACGCUCACAUAAUACCGACGACAGCUCUGCCGGCAAUUUAGGAUUUCGCUGUGCUAAGUCUGCAUAACUUGUCCAUUUUACAGGAUAUUUUUAUACGAAUUUACUUUUAAAAGUACUUAAUUGUCUAUAUAAUUUGCAUACCUCGCAUGUCACAUGUGUUUUUAAUGUUGUAUUUUCAAGUCUUAUGAUUUUUAUUGUUAUAUUGUGUUUAAGGAGUUUGUUUCUUGUAUGGUAGAAAAUAUAAUAAAAAUUCUUCUUAUAAUU